UUUUCUUUCCUUGUAAUUUUAAAAUCUAGAGAUUUAACUGCUGAGGAAAACGAGGAAGGACCAGAUACUACAUAAAUACAUGACAGCUCUUUUAUGUUUUUGUUUUUUUGAAGUAGUUGCUUGUGUUGUGCGCUUUCUAUGAUCACCUUCACAGCCUCUAUAUAUGCAUAUGCAUUGAAUUGCUGCAUCGAUUAGUCCACAGAGCAUGGAUGCUUCAUCCUCACAGUUUGUUUCCUCAAGAAGAAUGGAAGUGUAUGAUCCUAUCCACCAAAUUAGCAUGUGGGAAGAAAAUUUCAAAAGUAAUGCUAAUACUUUAACUGCAUCCACCUCCAUAAUUGAAGAGCUGGACAUAAAGUUUGAUAAUCAAGUUCAGGCGCAAUCAGAGGAGGUUUCUCAUGGAAUAUUUGGAACAUCUGUGAAGUACAACCAAGAUCAUAAUAGACUGAUUGAUAAGACACAAAGACGUCUUGCUCAAAAUCGAGAGGCUGCUCGAAAGAGUCGUUUGAGGAGAAAGGCGUACGUGCAACAGUUGGAAUCAUGUCGUUUGAAGCUGAUGCAGUUAGAGGAAGAGGUAGAUCAUGCUAAACGACAGGGAUUGUAUAUUGGUGACGGAUUGGGUUCUAAUAAUUUGGGUUUUGCUGGCUCUGUAAAUUCAGGAAUAGCAACUUUUAAGAUGGAGUAUGAACUUUGGGUAGAGGAGCAAAACAGACAUAUCUUGGAAAUAAGAACUGCUUUAAGUUCUGAGAUAGGUGACAUGCAACUGGGGAAACUUGUACAAAGCAUAAUGAACCACUAUUCCAAACUCUUUACCAUGAAAUCUGCUGCUGCAAAAGCAGAUGUUUUCUACGUUAUGUCUGGCAUGUGGAUGACAACAGCUGAACGAUUCUUCUUGUGGAUUGGAGGAUUUCGCCCCUCUGAACUUCUAAAGGUUCUGAUCCCUCUGAGUGAACCUUUGACAGAGCAACAACGGUUUGAUACCUAUGGCCUAGAAAAAUCAUGUCAACAAGCAGAAGAUGCCCUUUCACAAGGUAUGGAAAAACUUCAGCAAAUGCUUGCUGACAGUGUUGGGCCAGGACACUUGGUUGAAGGAACUCACAUUCCACAGAUGGAUACUGCAAUGGAGAGAUUGGAAGCUCUGGUGAGCUUUGUGAAUCAGGCUGAUCAUCUACGACAAGAAACAUUGCGACAAAUGUAUCGAAUACUUAGCAUACGUGAGAUUGGUCAGUUUCUGGUUGUUCUAGGAGAAUAUUUUCAACGCUUAAGGGCUUUGAGCAAACUUUGGGAAAAUCGUUCUCAAGAUCACCUUAUAGCAAACAAAUACCAAUAACCCAUGAACUUCAUCAAGUGUCUAUAUCAUUAUCGAAACCAUGUUCUCCGGCUGCUCACAUUUUUCCAGCACUGAGAACUUGUAAAUACGUCUUUCUCACAUUUCAUAUCAUAUUUGGUUAUGUCAAAUGUGUAUAAUAUAGAAUACCAAAGCAAAAUAUUUUCAAAUCUGCAUAAUCCUUUUAUCAUCUUUGUCAUAUGUAGAAAUUAAUUGUUUUUGUAUGUAUCCACUGAGACUCCUUUAAAUCAUCAUCUUUUCUUUCUCACGGGCUUUCGAGAGAGGUUUACCGGAUAAA